AUGGCGCCAAAGGGUCAGAAGUUCGAAUUGAAGACUCCCAAGGGGACGAAAGAUUGGGAGGGGAAGGACAUGGUGAUCAGGGACAAGAUCUUCUCUACUAUCACCGAGGUUUUCAAGCGCCACGGAGCAGUCACGAUCGAUACCCCCGUCUUUGAGCUGAAGGAAAUCCUGGCAGGGAAAUAUGGCGAAGACAGCAAACUCAUCUACGACCUUGCGGACCAGGGUGGAGAGAUCUGCUCGUUGAGAUAUGAUUUGACUGUGCCUUUCGCAAGAUGGCUGGCAAUGAACCGGGAUGUUCAGAACAUCAAGAGAUACCACAUCGCCAAAGUCUAUAGACGCGAUCAGCCGGCCAUGACUAAGGGCCGAAUGAGAGAGUUCUACCAGUGCGAUUUCGAUAUCGCGGGCACUUACGAUCCUAUGCUUCCAGAUGCAGAGAUCAUACGAAUUAUAUCCGAAGUAUUUGAGGGUCUAGGGUGGAACGGCAGUUAUACUAUUAAGCUGAACAACCGGAAAAUCUUGGAUGGAAUCUUUGAGGUUUGUGGUGUACCAUCAGACAAGAUCCGAACCAUCUCCUCCGCGGUAGACAAACUGGACAAGCAACCAUGGGUAGAAGUACGCAAGGAAAUGGUUGAGGAGAAGGGACUGGCUGAAGAUGUCGCUGACAGAAUCGGCGAGUACGUCAUCCUUAAAGGCCAAAAUGAUCUCUUGAACAGAUUACAAGCAGACGAGAAGCUUGCAGCGAAUGAGUCUAUGAAGGCAGGCAUGGCGGAAAUGGAUCUGCUGUUUGAGUACCUUAAGGCAUUCAAAGCUCUGGAGAACGUCUCGUUCGACUUGAGCUUAGCACGUGGGUUGGAUUACUAUACAGGUAUCAUCUACGAAGUUGUCACGAAAGAAUCAGCAGCACCAGCAUCCACGUCUACAACAACCACAGCACCACCCAAGUCAUCAAAAAAGCCUUCCAAGAGCGCAGACGCUGAUGAGGACCGCUCGUCAGAUCCUAGCGUGGGUGUUGGUAGUGUGGCGGCAGGCGGGCGAUACGAUGAGCUUGUAGGGAUGUUCUCAGGCAAGAACAAGAUCCCUUGCGUGGGCAUCUCGUUCGGUGUCGACAGAAUCUUCUCAAUCACAAAGGCACGCAUGCUUGCGGAAAAGAACGCCCAGGCUGUACGGAAUAACGAAGUCGAUGUCUACGUCAUGGCUUUCGGAGGCAAGGGUUUCACUGGACUGGUGACGGAGAGAUUGGACGUUUGCACCAGACUGUGGGACGCUGGCAUCAAGGCCGAAUUCGCAUACAAGAUCAAGCCAAAGCUACCCGCUCAAUUCAAAUCAGCUGAAGUCAACGGUGUGCCAUUCACAAUCGUCAUCGGCGAGGAUGAAGUGAAGCAGAAAAAAGUAAAGAUCAAGGAAAUGGGUCUCCGCGAGGGCCACCCCGAGAAGGAGGGUGUUCUUGUCGACCUGGAAAAUGUCGCUGUCGAAGUCAAGCAACGCCUGAAGCGGAAAGCGGAUCUCGAUUCGCUGGUUCAGGAGGCAGACGGGCUAAAGGUUAUUGGUGGUAUGAAGGGCGAAGCUGAGAUAGUUCCUACGGGGGAAGCCGCUGCUGCUACGCAAGUAUCCGAAGCCACACCGGCACCAGAGGCAGUGAAUCCUGUCGAGCAGAAGCCAGUCGAGGAAGAGAAGCCUGCGGAGACUUCAGCUGCUCCUGAGAGUGCAACAGUUCCAGAAACGGAGAAGCUAUCGGAUUCCUCGCCCUCGUAG